AUGACGGCCAGCAAGACUUGGGCCAUUGUUGGUUCAUCGCGAGGAUUAGGACAGGAGUCCGUGAAGCAGCUUUUGGCUCGCCGUGACAAGGUGACCGCCACCGUCAGACAGGCCAGUCUUGAGCAGGCGGCGGCGUCAUGGCAGCACGACAGCCAAUGCUCAAUCCACGAGUGCGAUAUUCUGAGCGAGCAGAGUAUCGAUGCAUUCGCUAAGCAGUUGCAGCAACAGUCAGUCCAGCGUAUAGACUAUCUGGUCCUGAAUGCUGGAGUUCUGAAGUAUCCAAACCGAGCGACCGAGCUAUCGUACCAUGAGUUUGCACUGCAUAUGCAGACCAAUUGCAUCGGCCCUAUCUUGUGCGCCCAGCGAGUGUUGAAGGCACCCGUGAGUGUCGGGACAAUAGUCUUCAUCUCGAGUGACUCAGGAUCGGCCCAAGCGUUCAGGCCAGAAGAGGAUGGGUUUGCUGCUUAUGCAGCAUCAAAGGCAGCUUUGAAUCAGAUGCUUCGUCACCUGGCGGCUGAGCUGAAGCGUGCUGGUAGCCCAACGGUGGUCAUUGCACUGCAUCCUGGCGAGGUCAAGACUGAUAUGGCCAACGUUGAUCUUGGAUGGGAGGUGACGGGACAAAUGACCCCAGCUGAGAGUGUCGAAGCAUGUAUCUCUGUCAUUGAAGGCAAGAGCCUUAACGACCACGGCAUCUUCUGGACUUGGUAA